AUGUGUUUCUUCAGGAGCUCUGGAGCAUUAGCAAGCAGGAUCUGCAGGAGGAUGCUGCAGCAGGUGAUCCACAGAGGUCUCAAGUCAUUCUUCUACAAGCUGGGCUUAUUUGUCAGCAGGCACCCUGUCUUUUUUCUUACUGUCCCAGCAGUCCUCACCAUCAUCUUUGGCUUCCUGUUUUUGAGUCGUUACAAGACCGAGACAGACUUGGAAUCCCUGGUAGCCCCUAGCCACAGCCUGGCCAAGAUAGAGAGGAGCCUGGCCAGCAGCCUCUUCCCCCUGGACCAGUCCAAGAAGCAGCUCUACUCUGACUUGCACACCCCUGGGAGAUAUGGCAGGGUGAUCCUGGUGUCCAGACCUGGUGGGAACAUACUGCUCCAGGCUGAGCACAUACUCCGCAUUCACCAAGCUGUGCUGGAGAUGAGAGUCAACCACAAAGGUUACAAUUACACUUUUUCUCAUCUGUGUGUGUUGGGCAAUGAGGAGAAGAAAUGUGUGUUGGAUGAGAUCAUUUCAGUCCUGGAGGACCUCAGGCAGGCUGCUCUCUCCAAUAAGACAACAGCCAAGGUGCAAGUCAGCUAUCCCAACACUAAAUUAAAGAAUGGAAGACAGAGCUUUAUCGGACACCAGCUGGGAGGUGUUGCGGAAGUCCCAAACAGUAAAGAUCAAAGGGUUAAAUCGGCAAAGGCCAUCCAAAUUACCUACUACCUCCAGAAUUAUGGCUCGGCAACCCAGGACCUCAUUAGUGAACAGUGGGAGACUGAAUUUUGCACAUUAAUGGAUCAUCUCCAAGAAGAACAUCCAGAUAUCAAAUUGUACACAUUAACGUCCUUCAGCCUGCUGAGAGACUUUCAGAAAACCAUUGAUCUCUCCAGAAGUAAGAUUGUGGUGAGUCUCAUGUUGAUUCUUGUGGCUGCCACACUCUCGAGUUCUAUGAAAGACUGCCUCCGCAGCAAGCCUUUCCUUGGGUUAUUAGGAGCGCUCACUAUCUGUAUCUCCAGUGUCACAGCCGCAGGGAUAUUUUUCGUUACUGAUGGAAGAUAUAACUCAACUCUGCUGGGAAUCCCGUUCUUUGCUAUGGGUCACGGCACCAAAGGAGUCUUUGAGCUUCUUUCGGGAUGGCGCAGGACCAGAGAGAGCUCACCUUUUAAGGAUCGAGUGGCAGACGCCUAUUCAGAUGUGAUGGUCUCAUAUACGAUGACAAGCUCUCUCUACAUCAUCACAUUUGGGAUGGGUGCCAGCCCUUUUACAAACAUUGAAGCGGUGAGGAUAUUCUGUCAGAACAUGUGCAUCACCAUCGUCCUCAAUUACUUUUACGUCUUCUCCUUCUAUGGUUCCUGUCUGGUUUUUGCCGGGCAGCUGGAACAAAACCGUUACCACAGCAUUUUCUGUUGUAAAAUUCCCUCCGAGGAGUACUUGGACAGACAAUCAAUAUGGUUCCAAACUUUAAUGAGCGAUGGACAUCAGCAUUCGUCUCACCACGAACCCGACCCGUAUGAAAACCAUUUCAUCCAGCAUUUCCUAAGAGAACAUUACAAUGACUGGAUCACCAACACCUACGUGAAGCCCUUUGUGGUCAUACUGUACCUCAUCUAUGCAUCGUUUUCAUUUAUGGGUUGCCUACAAAUUAGCGGAGGGUCAAACAUUAUUCAUCUUUUGGCUAGUGACUCCCCCAGUGUUUCUUAUGCAAUUAUCCAGCAAAAGUAUUUUAGCAAUUACAGUCCCGUGAUAGGGUUUUAUAUCUACGAACCUCUUGAGUAUUGGAACUCAACUGUGCAAGAUGACCUGAAGACGAUAACGUUCGGUUUCAACACGGAAUCUUGGAUUGAACAAUAUUACCAUUUUCUAAAGGCUGGGAACAUCUCUGCGUCUAACAAAACGGAAUUCAUCAACGUCCUGCAGAACAUUUUUCUGAAAAAGUCGGAGUUCCAGCAUUUCAAAAAUGACAUCAUCAUAUCGAAGUCCAGCGAGGAGAUGAACAUCAUCGCGUCCAGAAUGUACCUGGUGGCCAGGACGAGCGAAAACACGCAACGAGAAGUUGUGGAGCUUCUCGAAAAGUUGAGGCCGCUUUCGUUGAUACAAAGCAUCAAAUUUAUAGUCUUCAAUCCAACCUUUGUAUUUAUGGACCACUAUGGAUUGGCGGUCACCAUGCCUGUCCUCAUCUCUGGCUUCAGUGUCUUGUUGGUCUUGAUCUUAACGUUCUUCUUGGUCAUUCACCCCUUGGGAAAUGUCUGGUUGAUUAUCACAGUCACGUCUAUUGAGCUGGGGGUCUUGGGUUUAAUGACGUUAUGGAACGUCGAUAUGGAUUGCAUCUCGAUCAUGUGCCUUACAUACGCAUUGAAUUUUGCCAUAGACCACUGUUCUCCUCUGCUUUAUACAUUUGUAUUGGCGACCGAGCACACGCGAACUCUAUGCAUUCAAGAGUCACUCCAGGAGCAUGGCACAGCGAUCAUCCAGAAUGUCGUAUCCUUUCUCAUCGGGCUGGUACCCAUUCUUUUUGUGCCUUCGAACUUGACCUCCACACUGUUCAAAUGCUUGCUGCUGACCGGCGGAUGCACGUUACUGCACUGUUUUGUCAUUUUACCGGUUUUCUUGACCUUUUUUCCCCCUUCCAAGAAACGCCACAAGAAGAAAAGACGAGCAAAGCGGAAGGAACGAGAGGAGAUUGAAUGCAUCGAAAUUCAGGAAAACGCAGAUCACGUGACUGCGGUCUGAAAGACCAAAAUGGUUUUUUUGCAAAAAAAUAAAGAUAAAAAUCUGCAGGAAAAAAACAAAACAAAAAAGGCUAAAGGGCAGCUUGUGCUGGCCGUAGAUACAAGUCGUAUUCAGAAGGGGUAGUUUUUCGAAACAUCCAAGGUGCAAGAUUUUUCUACCUUUUUUUAUAUGAAAAAAAAAAAAAUUGAGCCAGUUUUUUUAAAAAAAAAUCAUUUUCAUAAUGAAAAUGAAACGGCCGGGAAUUUCCCUUAUGCAGAAUUUAGCGAGUGGUUAUAGUAAAUAAACGUGUGGUUCGUUAAGCUGCAGUAAGGGCUACAUCGAAUAUUUUUUUACAUGACAUCACAUUAGAUUUUUAUUUAGAGAGAGAGAGAGCCAGCAGAUUCUGUAGUGCGGCUACAAUAAGGGAGAGUGAAAAUGACAAUAGAUUUCCUACUGGUCGUACUGGUAGAAAAAGGAGAAGGCACUGCCCUUGUGAGCUUACAAUCUAUUACACCGGUAAGAAGUACCCAAGCCGCCAUCUUCAUUGCACAUCAUCAUUUCCCGGUGUUCCGUGUCUUAAAGGUGUCUAUGGAGGCUGUGCUGAGUGUAAAAGGAUCGGUUGGAGAGAUCUGGGAUCUCCCCUGUAACCGACUCAAUGAGCAUCAUCACAGCAGGGGGCCUGAUCACCCAAGAGAGCGAUCUGCCCCCCCCCCAGUU